AUGUCAAAGUGUUGGAUAUGCAAAGCAACGGAGAGCGACAUACAAAUUUGGAAUUGUGACCGAUGCAAUGAAAAAAUUUGUCAAACUUGUUCCCAAUUAACUGCAUCUGAAAUCCGGUGUAUGGAACUGAAGAAAAACAGAAAACUCAAUUUUCUAUGUUGCAAUUGUGAAAAGAAGAAUUCUGAUAAACCUGAUAUCAAUUUACAAUCUUUAUUGAAUGCCUUCAAAGAUGAUAUAAUAAAAGAAGUGACAAACAACAUAAUUAAAGAAUAUGAGAAAACUAUGGAACAACAAGUUCAAAAAAUAGAAGAAUUAACAAAAGAAAUAAAAAACAUUAAAUUAACAACAAAUCACAACAGUCAAAUACAAGAAUCAGUUAUUGGUAAUAUGAAUAAUAAAAACAAAGUUGAAAACACAACUGAAAAUAGACAAAUCAACAGCUACGCAUCCGUUUCUGGAAGGGAAUCAAAUCAACAAAAUGAGUACAAACAAAUACCAAAUAUCUCAGUUACAAAAACAAAUGCAAGUAACUCACUUAAGUCAAAACAACGUACUCAGGGACAUUUACAAAACAAAUAUCUACAAAGUCCAAAUUCCAUAGGAAACAGUAAUGGUAAUAUAACUCCCUCUAGAAAUACAACAAACAAUCUCAUGGCGGACCAAGCUGAACAAAUGACCAAUAUUAUAAAUAUAAAUAAUGAUGAGGGUGACAAUUUCAAAUUGGUAACUAAAAGAAAUAGAAAACGUAAAAUGGGAAGUGGUAUGGGAGAAGGUGCUUUCCAGGGAAAAAAUGAAUCUUUAAGAAAGAUAUGGCUUUUUUUAACAAGAGUUCCUGAGACUGUUAAAGAAAGUGACAUAAAAGCGUUUAUACAUAAAAAAACUAAAGAGGUACACCAAACUAGCAUUGAAGAUAUAGAAGUGACAAAAUUACAUACAAUCACAACAAAAAACAAUAAUCAGUCCUUUAUGAUUGGUGUAAAUCCAUGUCUGCAAGAAGAUGUAUAUCAGUCAAAUUUCUGGCCAAGAAAAAUUGCAUAUGAAAGAUUUGAUUUUAGAAGAGGACAAAGAUUUCUAAACUCCCAAAAGUCAGACCUAGAAGCUAGCCAACCAGGUUCGUUUUUAGAUGGAUAUUGA